GCAAUUUUAACGCAAAUAUUUAGUUUUAAAAAAAUAUGACGAAUAUAAACCUUAAAAGUCUUUAUUAUGUUGAACACAAAAGCAUCAAAUAUUACAGUGGAUUACGAAAUCAAAGAAAAGAUAAAAAAAGUAGAAUCAUUAAAAAUCGCUAUAGCCGAACAGAAAUCUGCCAAUGAUAUUAAAUUUAUAGAAUAUUCUACUUUGCAAGAUUUAAUAUCAGAAGAAACCAAAGUUUUAAAUGAAGGAACUAAAUAUGUUACACAUAAUCGUGAAUUAAUUCGAAAUAACCGCAAGUUUCAUUGUGACAAUGUCAGAAAUUUUUGCAGAGACUAUGGAGUUAGUAGAUGUGUUUCAAUAAUUGAGGAUUUUUGCAAAAAGUCUUCGCAUAAACCUGGUAAUGAAGAAGUAUUUAUUGUAAAUGAAGUUAAAGCUGUACAAUUAGCUAUUUCUGAAAAUGAAACACUCAAGAAACUUUUAGAAGAUACAUUGUCAGAAAUAAAUAAUUGUGAGACUAAAAUCAAAGAACUUCAUGAUAAAAAUGAGAAGUUGGAAGAAGAGUACAAUGAAGGAUCAGAAAUAUUAAGACUGAAAGCAGCUAUAGCAUUAUCAAGACAACAGAAAAGAGAACUAGAAAUGGAAUAUUCUAAACUGGAAAACAGUUGUGAGGUAAAAGAUAUAAUGGACACAGAGAAAAAACAAAUAGAAGAAGAACCUAAACCGAACAAAUUACAAAUUGCAGUGAAAAAAUCAGAAAUAGCUCAAGACGUGAAAAAGAGAAUUUCACACAAUACUUCCAAUUCUUUCAAGAGAGUCAGUGAUAUUUCCAUUGAUGACAUCAUAGACGUUCCAAAAAUUAUGUCAAAUUUAAAUACACCUGAUCAUGUGUUACCGAAAUCUUCAACAGCUCGCAAAUAUAAACCACAACAUUUUAAAAUAAUGGAUAAUAAUCCCCAACCCGAAUUUCAACAACAGGAUGAUGAUAAACGUGAAACAAUACUUUCUAAACUUAAUUUAAGAACAACUUAUCGAAAUCUGCAUAAAUACUGUUAUCGUAAACCCAAAUAAUAAUAUAUAGAGGGUAUGUGAAUUUUCAUUCAAUAUAUUUUAUA